UACUAGUUGUAUAUGCGCAGAUAAAUCGCCAGAUACCCUGUUUCUCAUUAGGCUAUAAAGGGCCGCUACGGUCUCAUGGGAAUCCAAAUUCUUAAUACUCACGAAAUAUCAGAGAUCAGCCCUUUCUUCCUUUUGACGCUCACAAAGUUACAAACUAUGACAGAGUGUUAAAUAAUACGAUCAAACUUCCAUUCUCUUUGGCCAUCUCCCACAUACUGCUAUUUCCAAGUAUCAGAGGAGAACUUUUCCACUUUCAACUGAGCGAAUGGAAAUCUGACUGGUAAGGGAAGAUUAAGCAAAUAUAUAUGCUGCAACUAACCAUUACAAGAAAAUGUCCCUCAUUAUUGACGACGUCCUUAUGGCGCUUUGGACGAGAGCCCAGGAGCAACCCUCAGAUGAAUGGGCCUCUGCCACACUCUGGACUCAUUUAUGGAACAAACACUUCUUUUCGGAGAAAGACUGGGUCGUUUCUCAGGAGACUCCUCCAGAGGGAAGUGGCCGUCGACGAGUAGAUAUUACCAUCGAAUAUCUGGGUUCAGAUUAUAAGCUGGCUGUUCUUGCGUUCCAUGAAGCAAAAGCGUUGGAUGCAGGACCUCAAGAUGUCGAAGAGGCCGAACAUCAAGCAUUUGAUGCUUGUAUGAGAUACCUUGGAGAACAUUCCGAGUUAAAUUUUGUGUAUGCGUUCACCUCAUUUGGCACGAGAGGUAGAGCAUGGAGCUGUGGACCGAGUGAUGAUUACCUGAUGCCGCUAUUCGGCUCAGGCCAAUUAGCUGAGCGUAGCGAGUACAUUGAGGUACACAGCCCAGAGGCUCGGCUAAUCACACAGGCUGUUAGAACGAUGAAAAGUGUCCCACCAUCUAUGUAGGGCAAUGGAAGUGCAGCGGCAUUGCUUCCCGCCUUGAAUAUCUCGUUCUAGUGAACCUAAGAAUGAACGUCUGCCUUUUGUAUUUCUCAUGCGCUGUAUAUAUCCUAGUCAUCAUAUGUGAUGAUUCUAUCUCCAAACCGGCCAAACCACCAGACAAUGGUGCCAUGAUUAGGCAGCCUCUGCCAUUCGCCAGUCUGGAGGACGAGCUCAGGGUCAUCCAAGCCACUCCGAAUGUUUCUAAUGUAGCCUCGUUCAUCAAUGUAGCCAAUCUCGACGUACAUCGGUUUUAAGAUCUCUUCAGUCAGACCAUGCUGCCAG